AAGUGUCAUCAUUCGUGAAAGAUUUUCUGCUUCAGGACAAGUGGUUCAAAGAGAAUAUAAAAUUUUGAAUCUGCUGGAUUUUACUAGCAAAAGAAAGCGCAUGUCAGUGAUUGUGCGUGACGAGGAUGGAAGCAUUAUUCUUUUCUGCAAAGGAGCCGACAGUAUCAUAUUUGAUCGACUGUCUAAGAAUGGAAAAAUGUAUUUAGAGGCUACAACUAGACAUUUGAAUGAAUAUGGAGAAGCAGGUUUGAGAACACUUGCCCUGGCUUACAGAAAGCUUGAUGAACAAGAGUACUUUGAUUGGAAUAACAAGUUUCAGAAGGCCAAGACAGCUGUUGGGCCUGACAGAGAUGCAAUGCUUGAGCAUGUUUCAGAUAUUAUGGAAAGAGAGUUGAUUCUUGAUGGGUCUAAAAGGUCGCCCUUAGCCGUUUUACCAUCGUUAGGUCUCAUAUUGGUUGUGGCAAGGUUACCUAUUCUUGAUGGUGGAUUGGAAAUGCUCCCAUUUUGCCCUUGA